UUUACAGUCCAAAACGUUCUCUGUUGUCUGGGCAACCGAUCAUUUUUAUAUCACAACCAAGAUGAACGAUUGAAACCCGGAUCCAGCAAGCUAACCCCAAAUUGCAGCGACGAUUGUAACAAUGGACGUAUAUCCUAAAAAAAGGGAACGAGAACAGCGUCUGCCAACCGGAAACACGGGCCAGGACCCAGCUGCGACAACCGCUUUUCAGAUCUUUCAAACCGGAGAUGCUGGUCAGCUUCCCACGCUGGCCGGGACCGGAUAUAGGCCUAGGUCCAGCAUUUGUGAAACCUACAUGGCCUUAGUUGGAACAAGUUCUGAAUUUGAAGGUGGAAAGCUACCACCCAUAUCAACUUUUUUUAACGAACUACUUUAUAAAGUUGUGUCAGCGGAGGAUCGUGGCAGCGGGAUCAGGUCAGAAACUGUCCCUUCAGGUUCAUGUCCAGAAGCAGGUUCUCAGGUCAGUGCAGAGCAGCUGCUUUCAUCUGGGGACCAAAUAUUCCUGCUCCAAGUCACCGAGAAGCUGCAUAAGAGACAGGCCUGUCCAGCUGGAGGAGAAAACAGGCUGAAGCCAGAUCCAGUCGACCCCACCCACUCACUCGGAGGUGAUGCACCGGUCACCACUUACACCAUCCCGCCCACGGAGGAAGAUCUGAAGCGGUUGCAGUCUGGCCAAGACAAGAAUGGACACAUUAAACGGCCACCAAAUGCCUUUAUCGUGUGGUCUCAUAUCCACCGAAAUGCCCUGCGUAAAACCCGCCCUAGAGCCAACAUGUCUGACAUCAGUAUUGUGCUGGGCUGUGAGUGGUCCAAGCUCAGUGAGGAACAGAAGGGACCCUACUAUGAAAUGGCUCACAAACUGAAAUACAUGCAUAGGCAGCAAUUCCCUGAUUAUGAGUUUCGCCCCCAGAAGAAGAAAGACAUAGAGUGUUUGUCCUCAGGGCAGGGAGCAGGACAGGACCCUGGCGCUUCCUUUUCUCCAGUUCAGUCCCAGUUGCAGGGCCCCAGCAUGUACCCAUAUCCUGCCAUGAGGGCCCACAGAGUCAGCUACUGCCCAGCUUCUUGCCCAUAUCAUCGAAUGGGCCCCUACUCCAGGGUCCAGUCCAACUGUCCAAGGUUUUUUUAUGGAUACCCAAAUGUCUACAGCUCAAUGGAGGAAGUGAGGAAUUACCACAACACUCUGCAUCGAACCGCAUCAGAAAGCAUUGAGCAGCCGGAUGUUGUCUCCAGUCAGCAGCUUUCAGUCAACAACAACACAAAGUGCAAAUAUGAGCAUGAUGUUGAUGUUGUUGGACUGCUCUAGGAGACAUUAAGCACACACAGGGCAACACUUUUAGCGAUAUUAGCAGCAUCUUUAUUUUAAUUCAUGGCCAAAUAAAUAAAAUGUUCUGUGACUGUACCUG